UGCUUGCGUGUUACGGUUGAGAGAAACAUACUCGAGUAGCAGUGGAGAUUUCCUAAUGAAUUAAAGAGCUAAAAACUCUGCACUACGAGAAGAAAACGAAGGGGCGUCUUUACAGGUAAGUCUAUAAAAGAUAAAUUCGAGCUGAAGGAUUUAAUCAUACUCAGUUAGCCUUAAAACAUCUCCGACACAAACAUUGAACACUUUCGUAGGCAAUGAGGAAACGAGUGGCAUGAGAAAUUUUUUUGAGCCAGAAGUAGUCGCUUAAGUUUUUGCUGACUGGUCGAGAAAUAUAUUAUUUCUGCCUCGUGAUGUUUUCAAUCAGCUUCUGAGUUAUUUCGCAACUAUUCAGCCACACCGUGUUUUGCUGCUUGAUUUUACAGUGAUAGAAUGAAAGUAAGAUAUGGUCGCAAAUCACAACAAAACAUAGUUGAAAUAACGAGGAUAUGUAGUCAGCUGCGAGCACUUGCCCUGAGAGUCAUGGAGUUGAAGACUCUUUUUAAUAGGAGAACAUUCUGAAACUCUUAUUCAUUUCAAUAUAUGCAAGUUUAAGUAGCCGGCAUGACAAAUUGAAUCCGCCAUUCGGUUUGUUUACAUUGACUUUCCUUUAUUGAAAAGCCUUUUAUUAUAAUAUUGUUGAUAAAGUAUCCAAAGGGAAUCUCAGGAAAACUUAGUCUCCUACAUUCAAACGAACAAGCGUCUAAUUAAUUACAAAAUACUCCUCUCGGCCUAAUGAAGCUCUUUGUCGUUCUUCGUAAGGUGGUUCAGAUCUUGCGGACAACGGUCGAAAAUAUCACAUGUAUUGUAUGAAAACAGGACAAGUUUUAUCAACUUUAUUUGACGCAUCGUGUGAUGAAAACUUGAAUUUUUAUCACACUCGUAGCAGUUUAGCAAAAAGUUGUGCAAUUAUUUCUAUUCUUGUGAGAAUUAAUAAAUUUUUUGUCCUUUUUACGGUCGACUUGUCGCGGCUAAAAUACCUUUUCGUUUCAGGUAUCCAUCGCAACAAUCAAUCUCUGCCUUCUUAGCACUUCUAUGAAUCACAGGCUUUAGAAGUGUUAGCAUUUGUUCAAUCGGCGGCCAUUUACUAUCUGCUGCAUCAAACCACUGUGUCCUAUCACAGCGGCGCCAAGAAAGCCAAAUAGUCCUCACAGCUGCUGCCCAUCAUCCCACCAUAGAUUUUGUGUUGAUUAAUUGAAGCCAGCAUGGUUCACCGUUACUAAGUACUUCAGGGACGCAAAAGAAUCUAUCUCAACCAUAAAGUAAGUUUUCCCUUUUUUGUUAUCUGUUAGUGACUCUAAGUUCAGAGUUAAAUGGAAAUGAUAAAACGGAAAUCAACAACUGAGAGUAAGUAAGACCGUUUAUUGUGAAUUUGUCUUGGUAUAUUAUUGAGUUAUUUGAUGCAUAGAAACCUUACGUGGAUUCUCUCAAUUACCGGCCCACUAACCGUUUCAGGGAAGAUUUAGACCCACUUAAUGUUCAACAAACAGGAGACAAGCCUGGUGGUCUAAAGAUAUUCAUGAAAAUUUGAAUCUCUUCACUUUCUCUGAUACACUAUUUCUCUAUGUCAACUUCUAGCCAAAUGUUGUGGUGUAUUGCAUUUAUACUUGCUUUGAACUGUCUCGUUCAAUGCGCCGAAAUAAGUCCUCCACGGACAGAUACUGGAAAAAGUCCGACUACUGAAUCGGAGGAAAAAAUGCCAAACACUGUGUCAAGGCAAACCAGGCCCGAGCCACAAACGAUUAAGACAACGAGUAAAAAUUCACCUCAAAAGCCUGUGACCCCAGCGCCGGUGAAUGAAUUUGCGCUCAACGACAUACUCUUCAGAGGACGACAAUCAAGUAAGAAAGUAUUUCUUUACUUUACUUUCUCAGCUUUUGUUAUGUAAAUCGGCCCACGAACUGCCUUGAAAGGAGUGGGGGCAGCCAUAAAAAAUAGCUUAUUUUCUUGCCAUUUCUUUAUCAAAUUUCAUUCUUUUCUUUCGCAGUCAAAAUCGUGUGACUAAAGUAUUCAAAUGAACUUCUAAAAGAAUUUCUUCAGACCAUCCCGCCCAAACUUGUGUCCUUAAACCCUUCACAAAAAGUCACCUGUGCACAGACCAGUUCAGUGGUCAUUUACCGCAAGAUUAUAUUUAGCACAGUGGUUUUUACUGAUAAUUGACCGCUUAAAAAAGAAGGAUUGUAAUGUUGUCAGUGUAAACAAAAUCAAAAACAUAUUUUUAUGUUCCUAUCUUUUAAUGAGGGUGGAAUCGAGGGCUGGAAAAUUUGGCUUGAAGUCUAAACUUAACUAGCGUUAAGGUCCAAUUCGAAUGUUGAGUUUCUCUUCUAGAGUAGCCAGUAAUCAGUGCCAGUAGCGAAAAGAAGAUAAAUGAUUUUGUUUCUGUUGCAGAUGAAGCAAGCGCCUUCCUUAAAGCAAACGAACAAAGGGGGAAACAACUAGAGACAACGUACGAACAUAUACGUGAACAGGAUUUGGACGACAUUGAGGCGUUAGUUCGGAGAAGAAGUCGGUUACGGUUUUUCCGACGUUAAUUUAAUAGGUCGAAUGGGUUUCGCCACUUCUUAAAAUAAUAUUAUUGAAUAUAUUUCCUCUUUAAAAUCAUUUGGAGAAAGCAGGGACAUUGUCUCUACGAGACGGAGGGAUAGUACGGAAUAGAGAGAGUGGGAGUAUUUAAUUCUAGACGGGAAGGGUGGUUGACUCAGUUCGACUGCUAAAGGCUGGGAAAGAAGGGGAGGGGGAAUUUCCCUAUGACAACGAUCGCAUUUUGAGCUCGAAUUGAACUUUCUCCUUUUCCAGUCCUAUCUAAACCCGCCAUGCUCGCAGGUUGGUUUCUAAGAUACACUUUGAUUAGACUGAAUUUUGAUUUUACAUCAGUGAUAAUUGCAUUCAAAUGAUUGAAUUCGCAAGAAAUAAUGUUUGCAGUGCUUUAAAUUUCCAUGAAUGUUGUGUCACCUUCAUUUAAACUUUGGUUUCCCCAUAUUUUGUAUUUAGUUUAAAAUAAAUUCUGCCGUUGAGGCUACAGUUAAUGAAGCGACAUCAUGC